ACUUGAUUUAAGGGACACACCUUCAAUUCAAUCUCAUCAUCAACACAUUUCUCAGUUUAUUUUCCUUCUUGACUAAUAAUUUACCAAACAAAACAUUCCCCAAAAGAUGGCAACUAGAAGAGGAAGAUGCAGUCAGUGUGGAAGGGCUAUACAAGUAGAAGCCUAUAGCUAUGCCAAUUCCAUGGCCAUGAUGUGUUCUGGUUGCCACUCUCAAGGUUUCUCCCAGCAACCUAAUUACCCUUUUGUCAACAACAACAACAACUCACCGCCUUCUCCGGCCGCCUAUGGGCGACGUCCGUCUUGGCCACACACACUGAUGGGCCCACAAGCUCCAAUGACACCUCCGUCUCCAUAUGGUAACAAGAGGGCUGUGUUAUUUGGUAUUAGCUAUGGUAAUAGUGCUAACAGCCUUAAAGGCUCUCUCAAUGAUGUUCACAGCAUGAAGUACUUUCUCACUCAAAAGUUAGGUUUUCCUACUGAUUGCGUUCGCAUGCUCACAGAUGAACCUGGGGAGAGAAACCCGAUGAGAAUUCCAACAAAAUAUAACAUGCGAAUGGCAAUGAAGUGGUUGGUUGAAGGCUGCCAAGCAGGGGACUCAUUGGUGCUUCACUUCUCAGGCCACGGAUCAAGGCAAGUGGACCACGGCAUGGAUGAGGUUGAUGGCUACGAUGAAGCUAUAUGCCCUGUUGAUUAUGAGCGCGAAGGGAAGAUUCUUGACGAUGAAAUCAAUGCUACAAUUGUUAGGCCUCUACCUUAUGGUGCCAAACUUCAUGCUGUCACUGAUACAUGCUUUAGUGGGACAGUUCUUGAUUUACCAUUCAUGUGCAGGAUGAACAGAAAAGGUUAUUAUGGAUGGGAAGAUCAUAGAAGCCACAGAGCUGGUUACAAAGGCACCAGAGGUGGGCUGGCGGUUUGCAUUUCCGCUUGUGAUGAUGAUGGAAGUGCGGCAGACACAUCGGCCUUUAGUGGCAUGGAAAGUGCUGGUGCAUUGACUUACAGUUUCAUCCAAGCCAUGCAAGUUGAGCGUAAACUGACUUACGGUCAAUUGCUUAAUGCCAUGCGUACUUCGAUUCGUGGCGCUAGAGAAGGAAUGUUUGGCCCGAACCAGCAACAGCAUGUCACGGACAAUCGGCAGCAGUACGCUCAUGAUCCACAACUGUCAUCUUCUGAGAAAUUCGAUAUUUAUUCGAAGACUAUUGCAAUAUGAUGCGACACAUAACAGGGAGUGGCAUUGAAUAAUAAAAAUGAAUAUGAAUAACAGGCAAGGUUCCUCUUGUUGGUAGAAAAUAAAGGUUUAUUGUAGUUUUAUAGAGAUUUGGCUUCAAACAUGGGAAGUACUGUAAUACUACUGCCUCACUGUGCCAAAAAAGCACACUGAGAGAGAGUAGCCCAUGAUAGCUAGCUCUGCUCAAUAAUUGCUAUCAAUGGUUAAUGCCGCAUCUGAUGCACUUAUGAAUAAUGAUUUUCCCUUA